CGCACUUCCGGCCUUUGUAGCCGGUCACUGUGCGGGCUGUGGUUGUCAAGGACGGGGAGGCGGUGGGGCCUGGCGGGGUGGCCUCUCCUCCCGCGGAUGCUCGAUUUUAGGAUUUUCAGAGGAAAAGAUCAAAGGGUGUCAUCAAGGAUAGAUUCUUUUUCUGAAUAGUGAAGCCUAAGAUGGCCACAGCCUCCGUCCUUCAGACUCCAGAGAUGCAGGAAGGACGUCUGGCAGUAAAGGUAGAAGAGGAAGAGGGGGAUUGUGCCUCUGGGCAGGAAUCUGGCCCGUGGAGAGAUCACCCGCAUAGCAGAGAGAUCUUCCGUAGACGCUUCAGGCAGUUCUGCUACCAGGAGACCCCUGGACCCCGCGAGGCUCUUCGAAGGCUCCGCGAGCUGUGCCGCCAGUGGCUGAGCCCAGAAACGCACAGCAAGGAGCAGAUCCUGGAGCUGCUGGUGCUGGAGCAGUUCCUGACCAUCCUGCCCGAGGAGCUCCAGGCCUGGGUGCGGGGACAGCACCCGGAGAGCGGGGAGCAGGCGGUGACCGUGCUGGAGGAUCUGGAGCGGGAGCUGGACGAGCCGGGAGAACAGCAGGUUCCAGCCUGUGCCCGUGAGCAGGAAGAGUUGGUGAAGGAGGAGGCAGGUCGGGGAGCAGCCCAGGACUCAUCAAGCGGCCAGCCCCCAACCUUGGAAGGGCCGCAUCAGUGCAGGUCGCGGGAGGUGUGCCUGCUUCGGGAGAUCGGGGAUGAGGCUGGGGCUUGGAGUGUGCAGUCAGCCCCGAAGAGGGAGCUCUGUAAAGAAAAGAAACGUCUUGUGGAAGUUCCUGAGAAACUGAACGGUGACACUCUUCUGGGGCCUGAGUGCGCAGACACACGUGACCAGGAGGGCAGGUGGGAGAGGCAGCGGGCCAGCUCCUCGGUGGAGAGACCCUACGUCUGUGGUGAGUGUGGGAAGAGCUUCACCCAGAACUCCAUCCUGAUCGAGCACCAGAGGACACACACCGGGGAGAAGCCCUACGGGUGUGAUGAGUGCGGACGGGCCUUCAGCCAGCGCUCGGGUCUGUUCCAGCACCAGAGACUCCACACCGGGGAGAAGCGCUACCAGUGUGGCAUCUGUGGCAAAGCGUUCAGCCAGAACGCGGGGCUCUUCCAUCACCUCCGGAUCCACACGGGGGAGAAGCCCUUCCAGUGCAGCCAGUGCAGGAAGAGCUUCAGCCGACGUUCUGUCCUCAUUAAGCAUCAGCGAAUUCACACCGGAGAAAGGCCUUACGAAUGUGAAGACUGUGGCAAGAACUUUAUUUAUCACUGCAACCUCGUCCAGCAUCGGAAGGUCCACCCUGGGGUGGGUGCCGCUAGCCCCCUGGAGCAGGUCUCUCUGGACUCACACCCAGUUUUCCAUGCCAACAUCUCAGCUCUAUGAUGAAGCCACUGCUUCUGAAUAUAUACCUGUGUUAGAAUCACCUGGGUUGUUUGAACUGCAGUUUCCUGGGCACUAGCACAGACUGGCUGAAUGUUUGUGAGGGCAGGACCUGGGAAUCUGCAUUUCAGCUAGCGUAUCGGUGGUUGUCAGACUUGAGGUAACUAUAUAUAAUGUAUUGCCCAAUCUAGGACACUUCUGAGAAUGAAAGGGAUUGCUGUUAUAAUUACAGCCAGCCAAGAGGCAUAAAUCAGGAUGUAUGGUCUUCCUACUUAAGACUUUUCCUGCUGAGGAGAUAGAAGAGACCGGAAGAAUACAAUGUUCUCAUGAAAGCUAAGGUAGAGCAUCUAUGAAGGAGGCUGUGGGAUGUUUAGGUGUAGCCACCUAGACCAAAGUAGCCACCGUCUGCCUGGUUUGAAAUAAUCCCCAUUAACACAUUUAUUGGAUUAGGUAAGAAGGGGUGGGUAUGCCUAUAAAAACAACACCCACCCAGAAAAGCCCUCCCCCCCCCAAAAAAAAACCCACAAACAACAACAAAACGCUUAAAAUAGCUAGUUACCUAAGAUGAGCCUGUUGAGGCUAUGGCUUACCAGACAAGAGAGAUGACGUUCCAGAAGCAUAGGAGCAUUUCAGUGGUAGAGGAUCGAUGGACUAGUAAGGGCUGUUCACCUCUAACACACAGAGGAAGCGUGGGAAUAUAGCGCGCCAGAUCACAACCUGGCAGGAAUAAGGCAGAGGGCAAGCCGUUUGAAGCAAGUAGCUAGGAUGAAUGAGGUCCAGAUAUUGUGCCAAGUUUCCUAAGUUAUCAUAAUUGAUGCACAUUCUUCACGGGCUGUGCAGCCAGAGCGCUCUUAACACCGCAGGGUACCAAACACAGGCUGACCAGGCCCCACAUUCCGCAGUUGCCCCGGGGCCAUUCACAGCGGGGACCGGGCAUGUGGCUUCCCCUCACUUUGUGCUAAUUCUGCAGAGUCAGGGAUCUGUAAAUGGUUAGGUUACUCAAAAGGACAGGAGUCACAUGCACAAAGAUUGAGACGGUGGACAGCAAACCAGCACCUGUCCCUCUUAAGGCCGCUUUGCUCAGGUGGGUGUCGAUUAUUGCUUCAGACCCUGGGGGCCGAGUGGACAAUGGGUAUCACGGGACCAGGGUCCUAGGGAACGGAGGACUGCGUCGCAUUCCCUCAGUGUAACAGAGAGACGGGCCUAGGCUGAGUGGCUGCUGGACACCCGGUGGACCCGCCUGCGCUGUGCAGAGGCCACCGAGGGCCUCUGCGGUGGGAGCGGGCCAACCACUGAGAUGCAGGACCUCUGUGCUUCCUAGAGGGGCGGUGUAGAGCGGGUGGAGGCGUGCCCGGGCGUCGUGACGUACUUCCGGUCUCGUGUGAGCCACAGCUAGCGCGAGCCUUUUCCGGCGGGAGGUGCCGGCGAGGCUUGGUGGCCGCUCCCUGGGACGCAGGCUCGUCUGUGUCGCCGCCCGCGGACGUGGACGCGAGCGCUGCGCGGACCACCCGCAUCGGCGCUCCGGGCGCUGGUGCGUCUUUACGGCCGGCGGUGGUUUUCUGUCCCCCUCCGGAGUCCUGUUUUCAUCGAGGCCUUCGUGGCGGUGGUCAUAACCUUGCACGCCCAUGCCGGGAGGGUUCGUCCCGGAGGACGUACGGUGACGGGAUCUCAGGACUUAGAAAACGGAGGACAGUGUGAUUUCCUCGGCUCAGAGAACGUUGAGAAGUGAGCGCGUCCUUCGAGCGGACAUGGGCUGCCGGUCGCGUAGUGCGGGUCUCCAGGUGCUUUUAAGACCCCUCCAGCUCACAGUGCCGUGGGGACGAGGGGAACACCCCUGCGAUACCGCGCGGAUGCCCGGAGCCGGGGGUGGGGGCACCUCCCGGAGAGACGGAGAGCUGAGCGGAAACGGGCGACCGGAGGCAGCCGAGGGAAGGGCCUCUUUACCUUCAAAUCAUUGACUUGACCACAGCGAUUCACUCUGAGUAAAUAUGUUCUUAGUUUGGAGUUGAUCUCUGUUAACAGUGAUGUGUUAUGCCUUAUCACCAGCCUUAUUAAGCCCCUGCUACUGUUGUGGUGAACUGCUUUGCCCAGGAAUGAUUCAGUCCAACCCUUUUGGGCUGCAGAAGAACAGAAGGGAUGUCAAAUAGUUAAAGCAUCUAGCCUGCACAGAAAUGGUGCUUCUGACAGUUCUUCGGACAAAACUCAUGGCAGUUCUGUUAGGAGGAUUCCCUUGGGCCUCAGGAGUCCAGCUCCAGGCAGGCUCUCCGCCGCCAGUAGCUGCGGCCUGAGACGCACAGCAAGGAGCAGAUCCUGGAGCUGCUGGUGCUGGAGCAGCUCAUGACCAUCCUGCCCGCGGAGCUCCAGGCCUGGGUGUGGGGGCAGCAUCCAGUGUAUAGGGAGGAGGCUGUUACUGGACUGGGGGCUUGUUGAGGAAGCUGGACCAUCCAGGAGGAAGGUGAUUUUAUCAAACUGGAAAAUGAGAAGGUGUUUCCAAAGUAGAAGAAAUCUGAAGAAAUAACAUGCCAACAGGGACACACUGUUAGAUUUGAUGGCAAUAUUCUUAAGUGCCUGAAUUAUGUAGAAGUCCCAAAAUACCAGAGAACCCUAGAAAUAGAUCUAUGAUUGCAUAAGUGAUGAAUGUGGAAUGAGUUUCAGAGCUCCAUCCUUAUCCAGCAUCCGAGAUACCCAGGAGAAAUGCCAUGAAAAUGAGAAGUGUGGAAAAGCUUUUAGUCCAAGAGUACUGGCUUCAUUGAAGAUAAGAGAAUUCCCACUGAAUUAGACCCACAAAUAUGGAGAAUAUGGAAAAGCUCUCAGUGCAGACACUGGACUAGUUCAUCACAGAGAACCCAUGCUGGAGAGGGACCCUAUAAUAAAAGUGAUAAGUAUGGUAAAGCCUUGGACGGUCAGCCCUUAACCAGGACCAGAGACUUCACACCAAGGAGAGGUGUUACCAUCUUAAGUGUGGGAAAGGUUACAGUCAGAACACAGAGAUUUUUCACUGUAUCAGAGUCUGUGUUGGAGAGAAACUCUUCGUUUAAUUAAUGUAGUAAGAAUUUUCCUGGGUAUUUCAUUCCUUAUUAAAUACCAGAAAACUCGA